GGCAGAGCUCACAGGGGUAAACACGUCCACAGCUAAGUGUACACAAAUAGCCUGGCCAAUGACAGCUCUGCAAGGCUUGGGAGAGAACUAGGGACUGAGGCAACCAAGAAGGUAAAUUAAACGAUUAGCACACAAACUCCACUGCCACAUCUUUCUACAAGUUGACUAAAGUCAACUCAAGGCACUGGACCUCCUGCAAAAGACCAGAGGGAGGAAAGAGAGAAAGAGAGGGACCAGCAGGAAGUUUAAGCGGAGGAUCCGGGGAGUCAUGAGGACCGCCAGACGGGCCAGCACCGUGGAGGUGCCCUCAUUUUUACGGCAGUUGGUGAGGGAGACUGAGAAGAUGGUCACUUUCUUCUUCAGAGGAGGGCAGAGGGAAAGAGAAGCCAAUGGCGACUCUGAUUCCGAAGACGAUAACAACAAUCUAGAGGACAUUCCUAGUCCUUACCUGGAGAGACCUAUCCUACAGAAGCAGACAGCAGAGGGUGAGUCGAAGUGGGGCAUUAGCUAUGCCUUGGCCAGCAUGCAGGGAUGGCGUACUCAAAUGGAGGACACACACACCUGCAUGCCUGAGAUGUCUGAUGGGCUUCCAGACUGGAGUUACUUUGCCGUGUUUGAUGGACAUGCAGGAUCCACUGUGGCUCAAUACUGCUCUGCACACCUGCUGGAUCAUAUCCUCAAUACAGGGGCCAUGACAGCAGAGGAAGACGUGGAGCGAGUGAAGGAAGCUGUCCGGGAUGGCUUCUUGAGCAUCGACCGCCACAUGCAUAACCUGUCCCAGAGUGAAGGUUGGGAUCGCAGUGGCUCCACAGCAGCAUCAGUUAUUAUCUCCCCGCGCAACAUCUACUUCAUCAACUGUGGUGACUCCCGGACUUUCUUGUGUCGAGAUGGUCAGGUGGUCUUUUACACAGAGGACCACAAGCCCUGCAACCCGCGGGAGAAGGAGCGCAUCCAGAAUGCAGGAGGGUCAGUCACGCUGCAGAGGGUCAAUGGCUCGCUAGCUGUGUCCCGUGCCCUCGGGGACUUCACCUUCAAGGAGGUGGAAUGGAGAACACAGACAGAGCAGCUGGUGUCACCAGAACCAGAGGUGUAUGAGCUGGAGCGCUCACCAUACGACGAAUUCCUGGUACUGGCCUGCGAUGGGGUUUGGGACGCUAUUAGCAAUGAGGAGCUAUGUGCCUUCGUGAGGGACCGUCUACAAGUAUGCAAUGACUUGAGGGAAGUCUGCACCCAGGUCAUUGACCUCUGUCUCUAUAAGGGAAGCCUGGACAACAUGAGCAUCAUCAUCGUCUGCUUCAGUGGUGCCCCCCAGGUGUCUCCUGCAGCACUGCAGCAAGAAACAGAGCUUGAACACCUAAUAGAUCUCAAAGUAGAUGAAAUCAUUCAGGUGAUCAGGUCAAAAGACGAGGAGCCUGAUUUGCUGUAUGUGAUGAAGUUCAUGGCCACAGAGGACAUCCCUGGACUUCCACCAGGAGGUGGCAUCACAAGCAAGAGAGACUGCAUAAUUACUGCAUACCAGAAAUAUGCAGCAGCAUUCAGAAGUAUUGAGCCAAUGGAUAUUGGCAGCUCAGAAGAUUCCAACUAGUGGUGGUCACCUUGGAAAUAGCAUCACAAGCCUUCCAUUCACAGUGGCAACGCCACUCCUCACUUUGUGUAAACUCUUCACUGGUCAGAUUUCAAUCUAUGCAAAGCUCUGUGAAGUCAAAUAAUUAUAUUCAUCACUGUGAAACCCGGUACUCGAUGUGGAGAAUCAGUACAGAUAUUAUUGUCAGCUGUGAUGUAGAAGAGAAGGCAUUUCUGUGCACCAUCUCAGAACCUCUGACCUGAGGAACAGUGAGUGCCUGGCUAGACCACAGAUUCUACCCACAAUACUGCAUCUACAGCUGCCACCUGCAGUCCAUUUCUUUUUUGCAAGUAAAUGAUAAACAGAUACUCUCCAUCAUCUGCAAGAGACUUGCAUGGGCUUCCAAUUGAAGGAUAAGAAAUAUUUUCUUUAUUUUCUUUAAUAGGAUGUUAACUGAUUAAUUAAAAGCAAUUUAAAAUUUUAUAUAUAACAUGGUUAUAUUAGCACAGCUCACUUUAUCACUUUUCCAAGGAAAACUGUACUUCCUGUUGUUCCUUCAACAUAAAUAUAGAUACCCCAAAUCAUAUAUUGGUAAGUAUAUUGCUAGCCUGCUGUAUUAUCACCAAGAAGCUCAGAAAAAUAGCAAUAGGCUCUGUCACUUACAGCCAUCAUGUUCCCCUCCGUGGUUAAAAUUACAUUUGUUUAAUUGACUCCCUUUUAAAAGGCUGCCUUACUAAGCUUAUAAUAGAUCAUUAUUUCAGAGGCCCGCCGCUACUGAAGUGUCAGUCAUAUUAGAGCAGCUAAAGUAACUAGAACUGGGGCUGAGAACCCCUUCUUUAAAAUGUGUAACAUAAACACUUCUAAUAGCACAUGUGCCUGCCAGUCUGUGACAUCUGCUGACCUCAGCUAAGGUGCUACUCAUUCUCAAAAAACUGCUACCCAGUAUCUGAGCUUCAUAGGAGGGUGGUAAACUAUUUACUCAGUUUCAUGUACUUAAGCAAAUUUUGAACUGAUUUGUACUUUCCUGUUUUCAAAAUGUGAGACUUUUACUCAUAUUCAAGUACACCUGUGAAGAAUUUAAUAUACAUUGUAUUCUAAGUUGGUUUUUAAGUUGUUUUAUGGAAGGUGUAGGCUUAGGCCGCUCUACCCACCACUGCUUACCUUAUUUUAUAUUUUUUUCUCUUCAAAUCUGUACCCCGAUUCUGAUUCCUGUUUUAUAUUUAAUUUAAAUUUAUUUGAAUUACUGUUCAUUUUUAAAUAAUUCUUUAAUAAUGGUUAUAGAAUGAUUUUGUUUUUAAAAACAUGAUCCUCUUACAUGCAUUUUGUCACUGUUCUGAAAAUGUAUGAAAAAUUGCACAAAACUAUAUGUAAAAACUGUUUUCUAUGUCUAUGUACAAUUCAUAUCAUAGUUUUGUGUCAGUGUUUGUUAAUGGGUGAUUAGCUCUUAACAUAAUUAGAUACUGAUUAAAACAAAGUGUAUAAUCAAUAAAAUAAUAGACUUUGCAUUAAUGACAUUUACAUGAC